AUCGAAGAAGAAGAAGGAGGCGGAGCACCGGCAGUAGCAGCAGACGAAGAAGAAGGAGAAGAAGGAGAAGAAGAAGGAAUAAAGAGGAUUUAUCCACAUAUUGGUCCAUAAUAAAGAUGCCCACUCAGAAGGAAUGCAUCGUCUGUAAGAAGAAAAUCGGCGUAGCCAGCAAAACAUGUGCACACUGCGGCGCCAAGCAGCCGUACAAACAAAAGCUGGAGAACAUAAAGAGGAAACUUUCCCACGGCUGGAAGGAAAGGCAGAAGAAGAACAGCAGCGUCAACAAAGUGUACGACGCAACAAAUCUACUGCUCCACAAGUGGGAACUUCUGGAGCGACAUCCGAUGCUGCUUCUCGCCAGGAGAACUGCAAACGGGUUUUUAGCCGAGUGUUUCUGUCCGUGGCAGAUGAACGCAGAAGACGGUAAAGACGCCCUCGCUACAAUAAAGAGGAUUUAUGAAAGUCUCCUUAACGUGGCUCUACCAUCUGGACCAGCGGGGGGGCCGAGGGAGGGUCCAGCAGGAGACGGCGAGGAGCCUUCAGCCACACAGACACAGACUCCACCUCCCGACCACCUCGUCCUCCCUCCUCACAACGCAGCUGACCCGCAGUCAGACUCCGUGUCCUCCCCUCUGCUCAGCCCGCAGCUUCACACUGAAUUCACUUUUGUCGUCGCACCUGGAUCCUCGUCGCUGGUUUCUCCCCUGCCCUCGUCCUCCUCCUCGUCCUCCCACAUCCCUCCUGUGUCCUCCUCCUCCUCCCUGACCCGUCCUGUGUCCUCCUCCUCCCUCACCCAGCCAGCGUCCCCCUCUCUGGUUUCUCCAGUGUCACCGACCCUCUCUGUUUCUCCCAAACCGUCUCUCUCUCCUGCGUCCUCUCAGCCGGACUCUCCAGACUCAGUGUCUCUCUCAUGGACGAGAACACAGGAAAGACGGCGACUAGACCCCAGUGAGUGUCCCAUUCAUCAACGGUCCACCAGUUUCCCAUACAAAAAAAUACUGGGGGAGAGAAUCAGGGAGGGACGCGCAGAGGUGUUGGUGCAGUGGUAUCCUUGCUCCGGAUGUGGAGCAAAGUGGAAAAACACCUGGGAGCCAAAAGAAAAUAUUUUAAGUUAAUUUUAUUCUCAAAAUAGUUGUGUUUUAUUAUUAUUAUUGUUGUUGUUGUUGUUGUUGUUGUUGUUGUUGUGUUAUGAGACAUUUACAGAGACUGACUGACUGAGGUUGUGCCUUUUCGCAUCAGAUUUUUGCCUUUAAUGUAAUAUUUUAAAUAAUAUUCGUCCGUUCUUUCGUGUAACUGCUUUGUAAAGCAAACAUCCUCCUUUUUCUGCAUCGAAGGAAACUGGAUACAUAAAAUAAAACGUUUUUAAUUAAACUUUAUUGUCACUG